AGUGCCAAACAAUCUAAAUAAAAUGAGCAGUGUCGAAGAAAUUGAUAAAUUAUUUCUUAAUAUUACAGCAUUAUGUGCUAAAAAAAAGCAAUUCAAGCGAGCAGGGCGAUGGCGUGUCCAUCCUAUUAAUGUUAAUAGGUUCUAAAACGAUAAAGAUAUGGAUGAACAAGAACUGUUUGCCCAUACAAGAUUGAAUAGAAUGUUGUAUUAUACUUUUUUGAAGUUAAUGGCACCUUCAAUGUGUAAAUUCAAGGAACAAAUCCAUGCCGAAGAGCGUUUGUCCCUCACACUUCUGUACUUAGCAUACGGAACUCCUUUCAAAAAAUUAGCAUGGAGCUACAAAAUCGGAAAUACCACGGUGAGAAACAUAGUGCUGGAGACAUCUGAGGCCAUUUGGGAAAUGCUUUCACCAAUUUAUCUGAGUGAAUCCACGCAACAACAGUAUAAAGACAUCACGACCGACUUUGCGCAAAUGUGGAACAUGCCAAACUGUGUAGGUGCGAUCGACGGAAAAAACAAUGCGAUAAAAUGCCCUCCAAAUUCAGGAUCCAUGUAUUAUAAUUAUAAAAAGUUGUGUAAAUACGAGAAACGAAUUAAGAUCUUGUGGGGGACCAUUGCGGUCAGCACAAACUUUUAGACGCAGGGGUCGAAACAGUGCGUAUAACCACAGAGAACACCUCACCAAUUAUUUUAUGAACAAUGGUGCAGUACCUUUUCAAAACCAUACAGAAUAAAACACUUAUAAACAUACAUAUUAAAUUCAAAAAAAAAAUGUUGAAGAUGUAAAUUUACGUGUAUUUCAUACAUAUUGAUUAACAAUAACAACGACAACAAAAAAUUAAUUAAAUAAACACAAAUAAUUAUUAUAUAGAAAGUUAUAUGGAUUAUAUCCUUUGUACUUCAGGUUCAAAAAUUCAACCGUUCUGAUUAAAAGAACAAAAAGUAAUAUAUAAUAAAAGUUUAAAAAACUCUUCUCAUAAUUGAGGGAUUAGUUCACAUUAGAGCUCCCACUCCCGGGCUCCCGGGCUCCCGAAAUCCCGGGAUCCCGGACUUAAAACUCCUCCCGGGAUUUAAAAUUAAUUUCCCGGGAUAUUCGGGAUUUUUGUCCUUUUUUUAAACACUAUUAAUUAUUAUUUUUUCAUAAGCAAAGUUGUAUUUACAAUAGAUGAACAUUGCCAAAAAACAAUUAGUAAGAAUUUAGUACUUUACAACACUGUUUGAUCAAAGUUACAGCACUGGUUUGAUCAGCUGUUAAUUGGCAAGCUGUAGCAUGUGCCAAGCAUACGAUCAACCGCACUGCAUUUUACAAACUUACACUUGUGCUUAUUGUAUAAAUUGUAAAAAUGGAAUCAUCAUUUAUAAAGCACACAAAAAAAGGAGACGACAAAUCGUCAACAUGGUUUUAUUUUCUAAUAUCAACAAGUUCAGAGGAAGCCAAGUGCAUAAAAUGUAAUGCAGUCCUCAAAACAAAGGGUGGUUCAACAAAAGGAUUACACGAACAUUUAAAGGUUCAUGGCAUAAAGUUGUGCCGCGAAGCAACUCCUACAAUUGCUGUUCCCAAGAAAGUGGCAAAAAUUACUUCACAUUUUUCACCAAAAAAUGAAGAAAAUAUUCGUGCUAUUAUGGCCAGUUUGGUAGCUGUGGAUGGAUUAGCAUUUUCAACCAUUGCGCAAUCAAAACAAAUCAGAAAAGGUAUGGAAGCCAGAAAAUUUAAAGUUCCCAAAUCUGACACCACAAUCAGAAAAUAUGUAAUGGAAUAUUUUGAAGAAUGUCACGAAAGAGUGAAAAAAGAAAUAAUCGAUUUGAAAGUGAAAAAUAAUAGAUUUAGCAUUUCAUUCGACGAAUGGACUUCUGUGGCCAAUAAACGCUACUUGAAUUUAAUACUGCAUGGUCAAAAAAACAUAUGGAACUUGGGACUCGUCCGAAUAAAAGGUGCCGCAACUUCUGAAAACUGCAUUGAUAUGAUUGAAUCUCGUUUGGUAGAUUAUGACUUGAGUUUAGCAACUGAUAUUAUUUCUAUUAUCACUGAUGGUGCCUCAACUAUGUUGAAAAUUGGCAAACGCAUAGGUCCACAUCAACAGCUGUGCCUGGCACAUGGAAUACAGCUCGGUAUCCUUGAUGUGAUGUACAAAAGACAAAUAAGAAUUGAGCCAAAUGAAAUUUCUAUAUGUGAAGAUGAUGAUUCCGAAGAAGAUACGAGAGAUCAAACUGAUUGCAUACAGUUAGCUGAUAAUGAAGAACGUGGAGAACUUACAGACGAAUUUGAUAUCAAAAAAAUUAUAGACAAAAUUCGGAGCGUUGUACGGUCAUUUCGAAAAUCUCCCAAAAAGAAUGAAAUUUUACAAAAAUAUGUGAAAAUGGAGUUCAACAAAGAGUUGCAGCUCAUCCUAGAUUGUCAGACUCGGUGGAACAGUUUACUAAAAAUGAUCGAACGGUUUCAUAUGCUGGAGUCUUGCUUGAAAAAAGCGAUGGUCGACCUUAAGGCAGAUUGCUUGAAAGAUUUUGAAUUUAAUAUUAUUAAAAGCAUUAUUAAAGUUUUAAAGCCGGCAGAGUUAGCUAUAGAAGCUUUGUGUCGCCGUGACAUGAACCUCUCUUCUGUUGAUGCAGUGAUACAUUUUAUGCUGGACGAAGUUAAAAAUGUGGACUUAUCAAUAGCUUUCAAUCUUUUUGAAUCAAUUAAAAAACGCGUUUCUGAAAGGCGCACAAUAUACACGAAUAUAUUGAAACUAUUAAUAACGGGAAAUUUUGUAAGUACCACAAAUGAACCGAAUUUAGAAGAAAUGACAAACACUAUUGUAGAAAUUGUCAAGAAGUACAAUACUAAUGAUGUUGAGAAUCGCGAUAUUGAUUUAAAAAUAAUCGAAAAUGAAAAGGAAAAAACGUUGAAGCAAAGGUUGCAAGAAACUGUCAAAGAAUCUCGCGUUUUAAAAAGAGAUGUCUCAUUAUCAGUAGAGGAAGCGGUACCAAAGGAAAUAAAUUUACUUCUUGGGGGUGGCGGGCUUGGCAGCAAUCUGGAGGUUGCUUGUAAUUUUUUAAAGACAAUACCACCAACUAGUGUCGAAUGCGAGCGUUGUUUUUCAGUGUCUGGCCGCAUUUGCACUAAAAUCAGAUCUAGUUUAAACGAUGAAACAAUGGAUGCGCUUGUAUUUUUAAAAUACUAG